CCUUUCUUUUGCAUAUUUCGCCCACAGGCGUAGCAAGCAGAUAUGCGUAUCGAGAAAUGUUAUUUUUGCUCAACAAACGUGUAUCCUGGGCAUGGAAGUGCCUUCGUCCGCAAUGAUUCGAAGGUAUUCCGGUUUUGCACUUCAAAAUGUCACAAAAACUUCAAAAUGAAACGAAACCCUCGCAAAGUAAGAUGGACGAAAGCAUUCCGUAAAGCAGCAGGAAAAGAAAUGACGAUCGACUCUACGAUCGACUUUGAGAAGCGCAGAAACGUACCUGUCCGCUAUGAUCGCGAAUUGAUACAUACGACGAUCAACGCUAUGAAACGUAUUGGACAGAUUAAGCAGCGGAGAGAGCAUGCAUUCUGGAAGCAAAGAAUGUCAGUUGCUCGGGAGAAACAACGCGCGCAUAGGACAAAGAAGUUGGCUGCGAAGUCGGUGUCCGUCAAGCUGCUUGAGCCAACUGCAAUGGAGGAAACCGUGGAAGUGCUGGAGAAAAUAAAAGUGCCAGCGAAAAGCAGAAGUGCACUUAUGAAAGGGGAAGGGCGCUCGAUGGGCAUGGAUGUUGACUGAUCUGUAUUUGUCUUGUCAUGCAUCAUACAUUGUACACCUUCACUAAUUCAUACAUACAAUCCUUUUCGGGCGAAAGCAUGCAGUAGAGACGGGUGGGGUCGCGCAAAAACGUCGAGGUUAAGCAACAGCUGUUGGGCUGGGACUCAGCGUUAGCUGACAGGGGAAUGUUGAAUAACUAUUAGAUAGCUAGACAUGACGAUGGUAUGCACAUGUAGUGGUGUCUGAUUGUAAUCGAAACACGAUGCAAACAUUAUGUAUUAAG